AUGCUCAAUACCGCUGAUUAUGCAGCGUGCUUCAGCCAAGUUGCACUCAAAUUUCCUAGCCAUACAUACGGUUGGGGUCCUUCUAGGAACUGUAACAGUCAACGAGUGAGCAUUGCUUUCGUCUCAUUUUUCUGCACUAUAUUGCUUUGUGGUUUCUCAUGGAGCGUUUCCGACUUUCAAGAAGUGAUUGAUGCGAGAUUUUCAAUUUUCAUGUUAGGCUUUGCCUCGGGAAAUAUCUUGUACGGAGGCUUGGCAAUAUGGUUUAUACACUGGCGGGGUUACAAUCGGAAAGCCGUACUUUUCUAUGUACUUAUAGCCUUCGGGUCUUCCAUUGCUUUGGCUCUGCAUAGUCAACCUAACUUCAGUUCGGGAACCUACAAUGUUGUUACGUCAUCAGUCGUACUUCACAAGCGUCAGGUUAUUGAAUCCACUAUAGACAACGACACUCUACUUAACGAUACGUGGAUCACUGAGUCUCCUUCAACAAGGCCGAAGAAGCCACAGGUUGCGCAAGGCAUUCUGGUGGUAGAGUCAAAAGCCGAUCAGAAUAAACAAAUGCGCGAAGCAGCCGCAUUGAAUAAACUUGAACCAUCUUCCAAACUUCAUCGGAAUCUGAAGGUAAAACAAGGACUAUUUAUGCAAUCUCGUUCAAGAAUGAUGCUAUCCCGAAGCCUUCUGAUAAUCUGGUUCUCACCCCUACCGAUGCACGCGGAACAGGAUUCAUAUAGGUUCCCGAUCCCACAAUGA